UUCUAUGCAUUGCAGACAGUACUGUGGGGUAUAAUCGAUACUGUAAACGCGCGCUUGGUUACGUGCUCGUUACCUAUGUUUCACGUGGUGACGUUCCUAGCCUUGCCUGUAUGUCUUUCACAGUUGGCGACAGGGAUAGUGGAAAUGUUUUCGACCCUGCCCGUGUGUACGAAUAUUUGGAGAAGAUGACGAUAAGCCCAAUAACUUAUUUCAACACCAAAGUCUCUUCAGUAUAAACGUGAUACUGCUUAGAGUGACUCACAUAUCGUGCCCUCCAGCCGAGAAAGAAGAAACGAAAAACUACAUUGACACAGCCGCGGAUUUUUGUGUGGCUGGGUAGCGCUAACGUUAGCUAGCUAACGUUAGCUAGCUAUGGAGGAUAUUAACUCAAACAUCAACGCGGACUUGGAGGUGCGCAAGCUGCAGGACUUGGUAAAGAAACUCGAACAGCAAAACGAGCAGCUCCGUAGUCGGUCUACUCUAUUGUCUUCGUCUGGAUCAGUGUCAGGAAACCAUAGACCCCUUAGUGCUGGAUAUGACUCACCCCUGUCAGCCGCCUCGGCGGCGGGGCUGGCCGGGUUCCCUGGGGUGGGGUUCGGCGGAACGGGUGCCUAUGGAGGGCUUUUGGAAAACUCCCGUUGUUUGAGCCCCAGACUGUCAUAUGAUGGCAUCAGUUUCAGGAGAGCAUAUGAGGGCGAGGGGGCAUCGGCUGCCACCUCUUUCACUGGCAUCAAUUCGUACUUUACUGACGCAGGGGAAACACUGGGUUUUAUGGAUGAAGGGGAAAAUUCAAUCUUGGAUGAAGUAGACAUCCUCGAUCUUGAAGACAUGGAUUGUCUGAACGAAGAUGAAGACAGCUGGCUGUAUGAGGCGAAGCUGAACAGCCCUUGGCAGAAAGCCUUGAGUCCCAUCGUGUGGUGUCGCCAGGCUCUGGACAACCCCAGUCCUGACAUGGAGUCAGCCAAGCGCUCCCUCAUCCACAGACUGGACCUCACCAUGUCAGCAAACAAGCGGAGGAGCCUGUAUGGAAGUCCCUAUAGUCCCCAGGUGAACUACGGAAGCCCAUACAGCACAAACACAGUGAACAGCCCCUACAGCAGCGGCUUCAACUCCCCUUCCUCCACCCCCAGCAGGGUGCCCAUCGUCAGACAGCAGCUGAUGCCCCCUCUCCACCAGGCAGCUCACCAGCAGCAGCGUGGUGGCUCAGUAGAGAGAGAGAGGAACGCCCCACCGGUCAGCCCUCAGUCUUCAAUAGACAGUGAGCUGAGCACCUCGGAGAUGGACGAGGACUCUGUGGGAUCCUCCACCACGUACAAACUCAACGACGUCACUGAUGUACAGAUCCUGGCUCGCAUGCAGGAGGAGAGUCUUCGGCAGGACUAUGCUGCCACAGCUUCCAGGCGUAGCUCUGGUUCGUCCUGCCACUCUCUGAGACGCAGCACCUUCAGUGACCAGGAGCUGGACGCCCAGAGUCUAGAGGACGAUGAGGAGGCUGUACACCCCGCCUUCCACCUCCCCUCGAACCGCUUCUCCCACUCCCCCAGACACUCCCCCCGCGCCUCCCCCAGGAACUCCCCCCGCUCCCGCUCCCCAGCACGCUCCCUGGAGUACAACCACAGCCGGGGCUCCCCGCAGCCAAUCAUCAGCCGGCUGCAGGCGCCACGUCACUCCCUGCAGGGCCACGCCCCCCAAGACCUGCAGACCAACGUGGUGAAGAACGAAGAGAAGCUGGGGCGUAGUCUUCCUAACCUGACCCGCUCCAACGUGGCCCAGCAGGGCCCAGAGCCCGUCAAGAACAGCAGGAGCUGUGAGUCCAACCUGCAAGUGCCAAACGGAAGCUCACCCAGACACCAGGCAGUCAGUCAGUCUGCCAUACCCCAGCACUCCUCCACUCCACUCCACUCCCGGUACUCUACCCCCCCUCGCUCCUCCCAAACAGGAACUCCCGCUCGAUCCUUGCUGUCCCCGAAACCCAAACAGCACCUCCAAAGCCCUUCUUCCCUCCGAGUCCCUUCUCCCAGUAAGCUGCGAACCCCAGCCACACCGUCUCCCCUGGCCCUGAGGCAGCCUGUAAAGGCCACAUCUACCCCUGGUUCUGGAGCCUCCACCCCCACACGCUCCCUGGGCCCAGCACGCAGCGGCCUGCCCCGGCCCAGUGCAGGAGGAGGUGGCAUCCCUGUGCCUCGCAGCAAACUGGCCCAGCCAGUACGCAGGUCUUUACCUGCCCCUCGGACCUACAGUGGCGGAGAGAACUGGAGAGAGGGCUGCUACUGAGGCUGGCAUGGCCCGCAGGGGGCACUGUUGCUCUCAUCAGCACAAAGAGGCAUACAAACAUUACAAUGCGGCACUUUAUCAACCAAGAUUACUUUUACCAUGAAUCAAGAAACUAUAUCAAAGACACAAGUCACAUUCUUCGUACUAUCAUGAGCAACAUGAUCUGAACAGCUGAAGCAACAUGGUGUGUGUAUCUGUGUGGAGAGGUUCUGAAGGGGCCAGGGUCCGUGCUAUUCCGGUUCCUUGGGACGUCCCUACUAGUGACCCGCAACUGCUAAUAACCCAUCCGCAACCGCCCGACAAUAUGUGAAAAUCUGAGGUCUGCACCUGACCCUAACCCGCUGAUAUAGAAAAUGUGCUGUAUACCACAGUCGGAAACAGCUAAACAGUUUUUUGACAGGGGGUGCAGGAUUUUCUUUUGCCUAAUUUAGAUAUGUUUCUGCUUAUAAUUUCUAACAUUUUAGUAGGCUAUUUGUUAGUCAACUUGUGUAUAAUUAGAUACAUGCAGCUUCUCUUCUUUCAUUAUAUGUAGCCCUAGAAGACUAAGUAAACCCAUGAAUCAGUAGAGUGAACGCUUCAAUCUAGUUGACAUCGGUAAAGUUUUCUGUCAUCUGUUUCUUUUGCGGAAUAUAAACCGGAACGAUUUUCUGUGCAAAAUGUUCUAAGGAAAUUUGUAAGGAAAUCGAACGCUGUGAAAACGAGCUGUGAAAAAGAACAAAAUCAUAUUUCUCCACUCCUGUUCCCGAGUCAAAAUGUUGCCUACAUUUGGUGUAUAAUUUUACUUCAGGAAAUGCUUAAUUCUGCAGGAGUUAAUAUUAAGUCUGUGGGAGGUUGUGAUUGUCAAAUUUGUGUAGCGCCUCAGUCAUACAUAACAUAAACAUAGGUUUAGGAUAGGGAUGUCCCAAGGGUCCUGUAUAGCACUGACCAAGGGGCCAGGCAGGGCUGGCAUGCGGAAGCCCAGAGAUGCCAAAGAAACCAGCCGAGCUCCAGCAUCACGGCGCCUCCAGAGGGCACUGUCACAUGCCUCGGGGUGUCUGUUCAGCCAUCAGUCAAUCACACAAUGCUUCUCUCCAUCUCUCCCUUACUCCUUCCCUCUUCUCUUUUAUCUUUUCACCUCCCUCAGGUUGAAAUGUUUCUACACAUUUCUCUUUUUGCAGUCUGUUCUUAACAGAUGCCUUGGUCAGAGAUCUCUAUGAUGAUGCUGUGCAGGUGAAGUGUUCCCUUAAUGUUAAAGAAAUGUUGUGAAUGUUUCGCGACGUGAACGCACCUCUGUAUGGUUGUGUUGUCAAAUCAUAGUUUUUGUCCACUUGUGAAGCAACUAGAAUGUAUUAAUGUUUGUUUGGGACAUUAUUUAUUCAAAUAAUUAUUUAAAGAGUUCCUUUUCCAAAUAUACAUUUUCAACAUUCGUUUUCUAUUGAUUUGUGAAAAUGAACAUUUUGAACCUCAACUGCAAAGCUUAUUCUCCAAAGUCUUUUUAGAUGGUUUCAUAACAGGACAUUUGUGUUUUUAUGUUGAGAACACACAGGUGACUGGUAGAAACAGGCCAAAGCCCCAUCUCUGACCUUAACCAUAACUAUGGUUUAACCUGGACUGACUAUCACAUAUUGUCCAGAGCUGGGUAGUCAGUAGUUAUGUUAAACUGGGCCAGUCACUGGUAGCCGUCACAAUCUCACUCCAAAUCUACUUCUGGAUUGGUUAGUUCCAUCUGCUCUCCCACAUUUAGAUGAAUGUGCAGUUACUGUAUCUACAGUAUAGUCAGACGUGCUCCCACUAAAAACAUAACUAAUGCAUAUAGAAUUCCACACUUGUAACCCUGAGAUCUGAGCAUGCAGCAAAGGCUUGAUGUAGUUCCUUUAAAACCUGAAACGAUAUUGUGUCAGUGUAUGUUAUGUCAAGACGGAGACAGUAAAUGAUCAUGACAUCUUAAGUAAGAUAACAAUGGAAGUUCAAUAAGUUAGUGGCCAUUUGCCUCUUGUGCUUUAAAAUGAAUCAAAGAGGAGUGUUGAGAUUCAUAGGGAUGGUAUUGGUGUGCCAGAAAUUAUCAAACUAGUGCCUAUUCAUUUAAAGUUUCACUUUAUUUUGAAUGUGCUUUUAUUUGUUCAUUUAUCAUUAUGUGCCAAUAAUGUCAUGGUUUGCCAAUAUAAUUUGUCUUUGCAUUUCUGCUUGAUUUAGUUUGGGAUUAUUUUGUAAUUGUAUCAACAAUGCAUUUAUAAUUGCUUGUGUAUAAUAUGCGCCUUGAUAUUUAUAACAAAUGACUCUCAUUCUGUAAAUGAAACUAUUUAAGAGAGAGGUGCCUCUGUAUGUCAAGGUUUGGAUUUAGUGGAAAACUUGGCUAGUGUUGCAAAAAAUACAUACCACACCAUUUUGGGGUAGUUUUUGUUAAUUCACCUUUUUAUAUUCACCAACAUGACAUUCGGGGCUGGAUUCAAUUCGUAUUGCAUAAGCAUCGCGGAAAAUCCGUGUUGAAAUUUAAAGGCAAUGUUCCCGCGUCCACAGAGACUACAUUCACGCUGCAUAUGUCGGUUCAAUCGGAAAUUACCUUUACAUUAACACGGAUACGGAUUGAAUCCAGGCCUCAGAUUCCCUGUAUAAACUCACAUUUCAAUUUUAAAAAGUUGAGAAAC